AUGGGCGGAAGUAAUCCUCUGCCAAAACUUUCUUUACCUUUGGCUCUGAAGAAGCUGCCUUCGACCGCCUUAGUAUCACCUGAACGUGCUCCAGUGUCCAAAGAGAAGAAUCUGGAUUCAGAAGACUUCCAACAAAGUCUGGGAGUAACCUUUGACUACGAGAGUUACUUUAAAAAGAAGCGCGACAAAUGUUGUGCCAAGAGAUACGACGCCGCUCUCACGUUCACGACUGGUCUUGAGAGUUUCGUCAUGCAGAUGGUAAAGGACAGUAAGAGUAAGUACGGUAACUUUAUUUUUGUUUUAUAUGGUCGAGUAGUUAACUUCAAAGCAAACAAGCCAUUGAAAUGUCCAACGAUACCUAAAAUAAGGUUUUUUGAUAUCUAAAAUCAGGGUUUAGCGUUGUUUGUGGAUCCUUGAUGGUUUAUUAAGCGUUUUGUUAAUGUCAAGAAACUAAAUUUUUUAUAAAUUCCUUCAUGAGUCAGUUGUAAAUUUAGAAAUCAACCGCUUACUCCGACCGAAACAACCUCCAAUAGCUCCAAAGUGUUCAGUUUGUGACCUCUUCACACUGGAGGAACGAACGACGGUGUACUUUUACUUAUGUAAGUGUUUUGGCACUUUUACUAGACAUGAGAAAUGGGCCGGCCCUAAGCAAAAUUUCGAUCGGGCCGGGCCUGAAAAAUGAGCAGGGCCCGGCCCAUUUCCACGUAAAAAAAAUUAGACCCGAGCCGGGCCUACCAUUGGGCCCGGCCCGGCCCGUUUCUCAUGUAUAACUUUUACUUCCAGUCUAAAUCAAUUGUUUUUUGGUCAAAAAGUGUGUAGAAACGAAGAGAAUGAUUCUUGAAAAUAAACACAUCAAUAACAAGGGGAACUGAAAGAAUGGCCAGUUUUUGACCUUUCUAUGAACUUUUUGACCCUUCUAUUAACUUUUUGACCGAAAUUAUAUUUAUUAAAAACAUUUUCCAAUGUAUGAAAAUGUCUAUUUUUGAUAAAUAUUCAGGGUCAGACAAAAAAGGCGACGGAAUGUCUAUUAGUUGGAACGAAGUGUCAAGAAAUCCUGUCAGAGAUAUGGGAAAUGGACAGGUAACAACUUUUUGUCCCAUUUACUCUAGAUUUAUAAUAUUUAUGUCUUUGCUCUUAAAACUUUGUAACUUUUAAAUUUUAAAUGUUCUGUUACAGUACUCGAGUGGACCAGUAAAGCUGUGCAAUGAAUGUGUGAAGACGAUGAGAUGGUCCCAACAACGAGUCGAAUGGCACCAUGUUAGAGGCAGUUUGAAACAUCAAAAGUUCCAGGAGUUGCCGACGAUCUGUGGAUUGUACAAUCAACUCCAGACAGCCAUGAGGCUGGUACACUUUUGUACUAUCGAGUACAACCUCAACGUACUGUAAGUUUAUAAAUUGUAAAGUAAUAUUACACACAGUAUCUUGUCCAAAGACGACCGUAUCUGGUGUUAAAAUUAAAUAUUUUUUGAAAAUCUUGUGUUUCUAUGAACUUUUGGACCAAAAACCAAAUAUUUGAACUUAAAACAAGAUAGUAUAAUUAGAAAUGGCAGAGAAGGCUACGAUUUGGAGUUGUAAGAGUAAUUACAGAAUAAGAAAUGGCACUUUUGGGGCCACACAAGUGGAACUCUCGAGAAUCCAAAGAAAUUAAUUAAAUUAUCUUUGUCGCCGUUUCCUCAAGUUUGCAAAAACUUUCUUUACAUUUGACGUUUGGCUCAGCUUGGUCAAAAAUUUUGUAGAAUUGAGCAUUUUUGAACUAAAAGAGUACUUACUGUAUGUCACACUGUCUUUAUAAAAUUGAUUUUUUAUUGGUCUAAAAGUGUGUAGAAACAUCAUUUAUUGGUCCGAAAGUUUGUAGAACUCUCAGCUUAAAAGCCCUCGCUUUAUUUCCUUAUUUCUCUACGAACUUUCGGACCGCGUAAGGCUGACGUGCUAAUUACCUAAAGGUGUUUACUGUUUUUGACUUCAGACGGCUCACUUCUUCUCAGCUGCUUCAACUCGAGGCUAAUCUCCAGGUCCACAGGGACUCCGUGGAGCGGGCGGGGUAAGUCAUCAACAACAAUAAUAUUGUAGACAUUGCUUGUAGCACUGUCACUUCUGUCUUUUUGAUGUUUGUAUUGGGGUGUGAUGUGUAAUAUAGUGUUGUGCAGUAUAUUGUCUGACAUCUGUAAUGUUAUGUUUUAGAAAAGAGAUAAUGGAGCAACGUUCUCUACCAUCGCUUACUGGGAAUGGCCAUGAACUGUUGUUGUACUCGAACAUACGAAUGUACUCUGCAUACUUUCUUCAGGUAUGUUUAUGUCUUUGCUGUUUGUUUUGGUAUAGUAUUGGGCACUCUGUGUCGUACUGUAGUUUGACUUAAAUAUGUUUUGUGAGUGGAUGUAUGGUAUGUUUGACAUAGUAUAAUGUAUGUUACUAAUGCCAAACGAAAGAACGAGCUAGAGCUUUGUAUGUAAAACAGCUUUGAAGAUAAUGUAGUGUAGAGAGAUAUUGUAGGAUGAGUGAACAGAAUAUCUGUCUACGUAAUUUGAUGUGUUUGCAGAUAUUACACUACUUUGUAGCCAUGUAUUGUCGUCGUAUGUUUGUGCCCACUAAUUACAUACUAUAAAAAGACUAAGGCUAAUUAAUCAUGUUCAACAUAGUACAACAUACUACUGCAUGUUUAAUUUGGACAUUUACAUACGAAAAUUUACUGUAGGGUUCAUAGGGUAUAGUAGGGGACUGUAGAAGGUAAUGUUGUUACGGUAUGCAAAGUAAUGUCACUAUGGCAUUUAAAGUAAUACUCAUAUGGUAAUGUAAAUGUUAGGCAAUGCGUAAGCGACAGUUUGGAGAAUAGGUAUUAACAUUAUUGUAGAUCUGCUUGUUAUGUCAUAAUACCUCAUUUACUGUAGAUUAGGGCUUGGGCAGAAUGCGGUAGAUUCUGCAUUUUCCUAAUGACAUUGUUAUAAGUAAGACGUAAUCCAACUUAAAAGUUAUCUAUAGUAUCCCAAACUAAUACUACAAAUUAUUUUAGUACGUUACAAUAUACACAAUACGUUACAUUGUAUUUACUAUUGAGUAACAAACUAUUAAGUAUAUGUAUUACCUUAUACUCAAUAUGCUCGCUUCAAAGCAUAACCUGUUCAAACCCUGACAGCACAAGAUAUAUGAGAUCAUAACAACCUUUACAUGCAAUAAAAUGACAUCUUUAUGGCCUAUUUAAAGGUUAGCAUAUUGAACGUCGGAAUGGCCAUUUCGAAUACUUAUAUUGUUUUGAUUGGGGUUAAAACGCCAGAGGCGAGAGAGAGCAGAGAAAGAGAGAGCGGUAGAGAAAAAGGAAAAGGCUGGGAAUCGUUUAUGAUAAUUUUAGAUAUCAGUCAUCUUGCAAGAUACAUUAGGGCCUUACUUUGAUAUUGGUAUGGUAUUAUGUAGUUAUUUUUACAGAACUUACUGUGACAUUAGUUUUGUUUUACUUUGGUAUUGUUUUGCACUAUGUCUUGCAACAUGACUUCAGAAUCUAAUUUAAAAAGGUUCUGAAGAAACGUUGCAAGAUAUUGUCUUUAUUUAUAUUAUCUUAGGUUGUUUGUGUCGUAACCAGUUCUUUUGCAGGAAACUCGUCGCGACUUAUCUGAAGCCAGCCAGAAGGCCGAGAAGCCGGAACCAACUGCUUCGUGGAUCCGCCGACAUUUACUGUGCGCUUAA